AUGGCCCAGCAGCAACAGGCUAAACGGUCACGUAAACGCGCGCGGUCGCAAGGAUUUGACGACGACGAAACUGACAGCCAGACGUCUCACCCAAAGAUGUCUGACGGACAGUCACAAGUCCAAGCCCAGGGUGAGGGUGUAUCCGUCGUGACGAUAGCAAUGUUCCGGAACUUCCAGCAGGACGUUGCAGGAGCGUUUUCACAACAGCGCGCCGAAGUACGACGAUUAGACGAGCGUGUACAGAACCUCGAGCGGCGUGUCGACUCCCUCGAGAAUGCCGAGUACCAGGCCAUAGCCGCUGUGCGCGCACUCAAAGGCGACGUUGUUGAGCGUGUGAACGAACACCACGAACGCUUGGAGAACUUGGUGUCAACAGCUAAGCGGCAUAAUGAGUUGCUUGCCUCAUUUGGAAAUCCAAAGGCAUCGGCAAUGGCUCCCCAACAAUCACGCAGUCAUCCGCUGCCCACACCAAGCCCAAUCCUGCCUUGUGGACCAUUUGGGACGGCCGAAGAUCGCAUGAACGUCUCUGUCCAAGAUCUCAAGGAUCAGGUCUGUGAGAGCUCCACGAGGCUGGAAGAGCAAGAGAGGCGCAUCGUGGCUAUUGAAAAUGGCAAUGGUCUCUUCGAUCGUCGUGUUGCGUUCCUCGAGCAAAUGGGUAGCGGUGCGGAUGUGAAAGAAGCACAAAUCACCGCAAUGCUCCAAGACCAACGGAAGCGCCUCAAGGCUCUAGAAAAGGCCGCUAAGCAAAGCCAAUGUUCAGCAGCCCGGGGCCAGGAGCAGACAUUGAACGGUUUCCAAGCUCCUCUGGGCCAGGGACAUCCCCCGCAAAAGAUGGACGAGGACGUCACAAAACCCAAGGCUCAGCCAGACUCGCCUGCUAACUCCCACGGGAAGGCCGGGAUGGCUGGGGCGAGCGAUUCCACAGCGCUCAGCGAGCGAAUAACCUCAAUCGAGAUGCAGCUCGAAAACGUCCGUCUGUCGGUGGCCACUCUUGAGUGCGAGGCUCAGAACAAGAACUCGGAGGAAGAAGGCCAACUCGAGUUCCUCAAAAGGACAGACUUUCGGCGCGAGGGAGAUCUCCUGGCUCUGAAACCAUACGAAGAUACACCACUGCUAGUGGUGUUGUUUUCCGAAAAGGACAAGUGCGAAGACGAUUCUCUCACAGUCAGCCGGGCCUGCCUUCACAAAUGGUCGUAUCUCCUCUGCCGCAGCCGGGAGGACCCGAAACUGAUCUCAGACUUCUGGAAACAAGACCAUUGGAAGCAGUUCCCGGUGGUCAUCGAGCUCGAGCGCAAAGCGGACGUGGCGAAGGACGACAACAGAUACUAUCCACGCUACGUAAUCGAGCUUGGUGAGAUCUACAACCUCAAGCCGAAAACAAAUUACUUCGGCGGCCAGAUAACGCACCAGUCGACGGGCUUCCACCUAGUUAUGGACGUCACCAGGCCGGAAAAGUCGCUCUGGAUGGUCUACCGCUACGAGGACCAAGCGAGCAAUGGUCGGAAUCUGAAGCAGUCGAUCAAGUACAGGCAGGACCGGUUCUGGCACCCGUUUUCGAGCGUGGGAGAGUUCGACAUCGCCCAGGUGUACGAGAGGAUCGAGGACUGGAUGGGGUUCAACACGCCGGUGGGCAGAUAUGCGGCGUCGAGGAAGCUGGUUAAGCAGACGGCUGGACUGGUCAAGCCUAUGUUUGUCGAGCCGAUUAUCGACGAGGUGAGAGAGGAGAUUGCCAGGGGCUGGGGCCCGGAGCACCCUGUGGAGGGUGGUAGCGGGUACAAAGUUUCAUGA